AUGUCAGGGGAGCAAGACCUGACACAUCGAGUGCCUGGCUUCGAAGAACUUGACGUAUCGUUACAUCGUCACUGGGCAGAACAUAGACGUCACUUCGUGACGGAUGAAGAUGCCUCAGAGCACGCGAAUGGUAUUCAGAAUCUGCGCUUCUCCUACAAUAGCGCGCUUGAUAAUCUUCCACCUGCGAAUCGCUAUCCCAUUUACCCGGUUCGAGGUCAUGACACCUCUGAUCCAAGCCUCAAUAUCUUCCAUGGACAGGGAUUUACUUCACAAGGCGUCUUUGCUGAACAUGAUGUUAUUCCUCUGGCUGGUUGUCAACUCCCCAACCGACUAGAAAAUGGUCAUGCAAACGAUGUAUCACCGUCUGCGAUUAGCAUUCACCCGCCUCCAGACACAGCUCCUGUUCAAGAGACAGCUCAGCGACAAAGUGCUACACCACCGACCGGUCAACAUCACCGCACAAUCACAAGGAAGAUCAUAGUCAGCUUCUCUGAUGUUGCCGCCCACACAGCCAAAUGUGAUGAUGGGAAUGAAAGGAACAGGGAUGGUAUGUCUCGUUGUAACCUGUGCGGCUGGCAGAUAUGCCGCGCCUGCAUCAACCAGCGCGCUGGCGACAGGAGCCACUCCUCAUUCGGGAGUGAACAUAUCGAGGAGGACUCUCGAAGGCGGCAGGCAAGCUCCGUUACCCGCCAAGGAACCUUGGGAACUGGAAGUAGACCUGAAGGCCAAAGAAGUGUUGGCGCUCGCGCUGCCGAAAGGUGUCCAUCUGCACGCGGAGCCGGAUCUGGCGGUCAUACAAGUGCUGAAGAUCGUGCCGCUGGGGCUCUGGUGAGGCUUGGAUCCGGCCAUUCUGCUGGUCCGAUUCCCUCGCCUCCCGAUGGAGAACGAGCUGAAGUAUGUCCUGGGAAUAUCGAGUCGACUAGUGAGACAAGGAAUCUACCAUUGCGUGGACGCAGACGCACAUGCAAUGAGACGGAAUGGAGCGAUUCAGAGAUCACAUUGUCAUCGGCCACUAACAGAAAUUCGGGUUCGGAUUCGGCUGUAGGCACUUCUGAUGAGCCAGAAGUGCCUAUCGGGGACAAUGGACUACCUGUGGACUAUCGUAUUGCUCGGAGGAACCCGACGCGUCGUGCCCGUCCUGCCACGCGAAUGGCGGAGUGA